ACUGAGAGUCUGCGUAAAUCCUACACUGGGUGUCUCUGGGCCGCGAGAUCAAUAGUCUAACCAGUAACCAGGUAGUCAGUGUGAAUUGCUUUUGAGCUCUCGACAACGCCAGUCCAGGAUACGAAUCCCCCGAGAUAGGACGUUUGCUAACUGACCAAGCGAGUAAUAUCGGAGGGCGCCAUGUCACCAUCGCCACGCCGUUCCACCGUGAUUGCCUAGGAUUUUCGUUCUCUCCAGGCCGCCGCAAUGUGGCCUGGAGUGCUACCUCUGGUAGUAUUACUGAUAUUCCUGGUGCAUCCCUCAAGAUGCUCGCCGGGAAAGGUCAACUACCGGGAGAAAGAGAAGGAAGUCCUGGACGAUAUUCUCGGGGAAAAAAAAUACGACGCUCGUAUUCGACCGAGUGGAGAGAAUGGAACAGAUGGGCCGGCCAUUGUCCGGGUAAACCUGUUUGUAAGAAGCAUUGCAACAAUUAGUGACAUCAAGAUGGAAUAUUCAGUACAAUUGACGUUUCGAGAACAAUGGCUGGAUGAACGGCUCAAGUUCAAUGAUUACGGAGGACGGUUGAAAUAUCUAACUUUGACAGAAUCGUCGCGAGUAUGGAUGCCGGAUCUUUUUUUUUCAAAUGAGAAAGAAGGACAUUUUCACGAAAUCAUCAUGCCAAAUGUAUAUAUUCGAAUAUUUCCUCAUGGCUCGGUACUCUACAGUAUACGAAUAUCUUUGACUCUAUCGUGUCCGAUGAACUUGAAGCUGUACCCGCUAGAUCGGCAAACUUGCUCAUUAAGGAUGGCCAGUUAUGGUUGGACGACUGACGAUUUAGUAUUUGUUUGGAAAGAGGGCGAUCCCGUCCAGGUAGUGAAAAAUUUACACCUUCCACGAUUCACCCUGGAAAAAUAUCUCACUGACUACUGUAACAGUAAAACAAAUACAGGCGAAUACAGUUGCCUAAAAGUGGAUUUACUUUUUAAGCGUGAAUUCAGUUACUAUCUAAUACAAAUUUAUAUACCAUGUUGUAUGUUAGUUAUUGUCUCGUGGGUGUCUUUUUGGUUAGAUCAAAGCGCCGUACCAGCUCGAGUGUCACUUGGAGUGACAACAUUACUGACAAUGGCGACACAAACGUCUGGAAUAAACGCUUCACUGCCACCAGUCUCCUACACAAAAGCCAUCGACGUAUGGACAGGAGUGUGCCUGACCUUUGUAUUCGGUGCGCUGCUAGAGUUUGCACUGGUUAAUUAUGCCUCGCGGAGUGACAUGCACCGAGACAACUUGAAAAAGAAAUACCGUGAAACAGAGCACUCAUCAUCCGUCGAUCCGACAACUGAGCUCCUUGAACAAGACGGUUCCGCCAAUUUCCAAAUGGUCGUGGCUGUCCAAGUUCCCGACGAGAUCCAAGCGCAUCGACGUCAUCUCACGGAUCACUUUCCCCCUCGUAUUCGCUCUGUUCAACCUCACGUACUGGUCAACGUACCUGUUCCGGGACGAGGCGGAGAACGAGUAAAUAGCAACAGCAACAACAACAACAACAACAACAACAACAACAACAACAACAAUUUUCCACCAGCUAUCAACGAGGGAUCCUUUGGAUCAAAAGACGUGGCUCGCGGCCAUCUUUACCACCACUCUCACUCACCGAGACACCACCACCACCACCACCACCAUCAUUCUCAGCGUUCACGCUCUCAUCCACGCAACACCUCAACCACGGGCAAUCAUCAGCAUUCUCACAACGUCUAUCCACACAUGAACAAUCACCAGCAUCAGCUUAGUCAGCUUAGUCAGCAGCCGUACAACACUAGGCAGCGGCAACACCGUCAUCAUUAUCAUCAUCAGCGUCAGCAGCCUCACUCACCGACUUCAUCCAGCCAAACAGAGGAGGGAGAGACCACUGGUCACGGAUCUCCAGGAGUUCUGUCGCUUAAUUCCCGGAUACCACCGUCUUCUUCGAGGUGUUCAUCCUCCCCAGCCUCGUCAGCGUCCCGCAUGGAGACCCCUUCGCCGUCUCCAUCGAUGCUGGUCUGCGCUGGAAAUAAAACCAACAUAAAGACUUCUGCUGGCAACACCUCAGCUAAAGUUAUCCGAAUAUUUCCGCGACUACCUAUUGGAAAUCGUGAUUCCUGCUCGAAUUAUUUCAAAAAGCUCUUCAGUUGUCGAGCUAAGGGCAGCGCAAGAAUUGACGUUAUCGCACGGUUCGCAUUUCCCUUCAUGUUUGUCGUAUUCAACUUCGCUUACUGGUCCAUGUACCUAUUUCGGGAUGAAGAAACCAAUACUAAAAUGAAUUGAUGUGUGACGAAGGAGCAAUGUACGUAAUUUAUACUAAAAAAAUUUAUAAAAAUUAAAAAAAAAAAAAAAAAAAAAAUAACAAAUCGAAUCAAGUUGACGUAUAGUAGUGGAUAGUUAAUUAAAGGUGUGAGAAAUGGGAAUUUAAUAAUAUCUAAUGUUGAUUACGCUCAGCAUGGUCAUUUACAUACUUCAGUCAUCAUUAAGUCAUUAUUCUUCAUUGAAUUUUUAAGCAACUCUCAGUCUAUCAGUCAUUUAUCUUAAUACAAUUUUAAUAAAAAAAAUUAUUGAUUGCAAAAAUCAAUUAAACCUAAAAAAUAUACAAUGAUAAAUGGACGAUGCUGAGUCGUGACCAAUAGAUUGCUCAACGAUAUUAUAAAAAAAAAAAAAAAAAAUAAUAACAAAUAAAUAAUAAUAUUUAAAAAACAAAGUUUAAUUACGGAGAAAAUAAAAAAAAAAAAAAAAAAAAAAAAUAUAUAUUAUUUAUUAUUCCGGGAACAUUUCUCUGUAAACACAAUCGAAUUUCGGGCGUGAACGUUUAAAUCAUCAAGUGUGCGAAUGUGUAGGUAAAACAUGAAUUAUUAUUUAUUAUUGUUAUUAUUAUAAAUAUUAUUAUUGAAAUAUAUAAUAAAAAAUAAAGUGAGGAGAGACCGCGCGCCACGAAGUGACAAAAGUAGUGGAUCUUGCAUAGCCACGGCCUUUUUAUGCCUUGGUGCAUCUAUAUUUAUAAGUAUUAUAUCUAUAAAUAUAUAUAUAAAUAAUAUAAAUAUAUCGAGAAAAAAAAAUAAAAAGUAAACUUGUUAUAAACAGUCAGUGAUUCCUUUAUAAUAAUUAAUGAUAUAAUAAUAAUAAUGUAUGAAACUUUGUAGCCUUGUGAUUCAUUGUCUCGUUGUGUAAAUUUGUUUUAAACAAAAUUCGUUUAUUACCGAGUUUAUGAGACAUUUGUUUCAGCAAUUGAGCUAAUUAUUAUUAAUACAAUAAUUAACAGCUAUUAACGAGAUAGUUGCUCAGAGGCUGAAAGUUUCUUUUAGAAAAUCCGUACGGUAAUUAUAAGAAUCAAAAAAUGAUUAAAAAUAUUCAUUUAAAAUCAACCAUAGUGUGUACCAAGUGAUACAUUUUCAUUUACAUGCUAAUGUAAUAAGUAAAGACGACUAAAAAUAAUAAUAAUAAUAAUAAUAAUAAUAAUAAUAAUAAUAAUAAUAACUGUAAGGAAAAAUAAUAAAUAAAAACAACAGAACUUGACAAAUUAAAAAUUUAAAAAUAAGACAAAAGGGUAACUAACGGAUUGAUUGUCGUUGAAACGUUCAAUAGAAACGACAGAUUUGUAAUUAAAAC